AUGCUUUUAGAUGUAAUCAAUUUUAAUGUAGCCAAUGGUCCUGGUAAAAGUGAUAUUAUUCAAUGUUUUAUCUUUCUCCAAUUGAUUCAAUCUCUAGAGCGAAUGAAAUAUUUAAACUCUGAAAAGAAAAGAAUAAUAUUAAUGUUUCCUAGGAAUAAUGAUCCAAAAGUUACUAAGUAA